AUUCAAUCCGUCUUCACUACCACUGUUACCAAACACCAGAAACAUCCCAUCAUCCAUACCAUUCUCUGCAAACCCUAGCAUGCCGUCUCCAAUCGCCACAGCGCAAUGAAGCGAGUGUGGAAGUCGGGUCUCAUCUGCACAAAACCCAAAAUCUUAACCCCCGAUUUCCAGAACCUCGCACGGGUUACCCACACGCGGACCCCAUUACAGGGUCCGUACACUCUAACCAGCAUGAUCGGUUUGUUCUCCGACAAGCACUCUGAGUUAGACCUCAGAGCCAGAGAGGAGCUGAGGGGCAAGGUUUCGCAGCUGAGAGAUGAGUUGGUGCCUAGUGGUGAUGACUCGGAUAUGGUCGUUAGGGUUUUGGAGGAGAAGGGCGAAUCGUUGUUUCGGAGCUAUUCCAAUGGGUCCGCCUUUGUUGAGCUGCUGAAGCAGUUGAGCUCGUGGCCUUACUUAGCGCUCCAGGUUUUUAAUUGGAGAAGAAACCAGACAGAUUAUAGCAUUCCCAUGACAUCAGAGGAGUAUGCCAAGGGUAUUUCAGUUGCUGGCAGAACUAAGAACGUUGAUCUUGCGGUUGAGCUGUUUACGGAGGCUGCUAAUAAGCAAAUUAAGACAACUUCUACUUAUAACGCACUGAUGGGUGCCUAUAUGUGCAAUGGUCAUGCAGAGAAAUGUCAGGCAUUGUUUCGGGACUUAAAGAGGGAAGCAAUUUGUAGUCCUACAAUUGUAACAUAUAACAUUCUUAUUUCGGUCUUUGGUCGCUUGAUGCUGGUAGAUCACAUGGAGGCAACAUUUCGGGAGAUAAAAGAAUUAGAGCUCUCACCUAACAUAAGUACAUACAAUAAUUUAAUUGCUGGGUAUGUCACAGCUUGGAUGUGGAACAGAAUGGAAGAUACUUUUAGGACGAUGAAGGAAGAUAAAAUCCAGCCUGAUAUCAACACACACCUGCUAAUGCUUCGUGGAUAUGCACAUUCAGGUAAUUUGCAAAAAAUGGAAGAAAUUUAUGAAUUGAUAAAGGGUCAUGUUAAUGACAAGGAAAUUCCAUUGAUCAGAGCCAUGAUAUGUGCAUACUGUAAGAGUUCCAUCACAGAUAGGGUUGAAAAGAUUGGUGCUCUAAUGAAGCUCAUUCCUGAGAAUGAAUAUAGACCUUGGUUGAAUGUGAUGUUGAUUAGAGUUUAUGCACAAGAAGACUGGGUAGAGGAGAUGGAAAAUUCAAUAAAUGAGGCCUUUGAGCAUAAAACAUCUGUAAAAACAAUGCGCGUAAUGCGAUCCAUCAUUGCAACUUAUUUCCGAUGCAAUGCAGUAGACAGGCUUGCAAACUUUGUAAAGCGUGCAGAGUGUGGUGGAUGGCAUAUCUGUCGGUCUCUAUAUCACUGUAAAAUGGUCAUGUACGCAUCCCAGAAGCGCCUGGAGGAAAUGGAAAGUGUCCUUAAUGAGAUGGAGAAUUCUAACUUUUGCUGCACUAAAAAGACAUUUUGGAUCCUCUAUAAAGCCUAUUCAAUGUGGGAUCAAAGACAUAAAGUUGAGCAAGUAAAAGGAUUGAUGUGCAAGCAUGGAUAUGGAAUUCCUUCUGAUGUUCUCCUUUCAUAAUACAUUCUUUAUGCAGCAUUAUAUUGCAUGCCAAAAAGUGCGAAAAGCAUUCAGCUGAUUACUGUGGAUGUUUAGUCACAUCUGUAAGAUGGAUUGUGGAUUUCAAAUAAUUCACAGUUUGUUGCUGUUGCUUAUUCUUGCUUGCAAUGGCUGCAGAUAUUGCUACAAACUGCUUGAUGGACCAUGGCUAACAAAGUGCUGAAUGCAGCCUGAUAUUGAAAUAACAUCCACCAAGAUAUUAAGGGUGGUGAUUAUUCCUGUGCAAAAUCUGCCAGAAAUUGAAAUAACGUCCACCUAGAGAUUAAGGGUGGUGAGUUUGUGUGUGUAAAACCCCAGUUCACUUCCUGUACACCUAGAGAUUGAGAGAGAUCAAAUUGUUGGACAAUAUUUUUGGAACAAUUAAACCCACGAAAGUAACCUUCCAAGGGCUGUGCUAUUGUUCCCUAUUUGCUUGAAUCAAGACCCUUCCUCAAGAGGGGAGGUGAUGAAUCAAAUCAAUCAGUAACAAGGGCCAGGAUUGUGAAUCAAUGACAUUAGUUUCCUGUAUUGCUGCAGCACUUUUCUUGACAUUGUCUUGUAAAUUAUUUCUGAUGGUAUGAGCUGAGCUGAGCCGAGCCGAUCAUUAUUACCAAUUCAAAUUCAAGAAUUCUAAAUGGCUUCUGCGGCCGUUUUUACUCAAGGACACAACUGUUUGUAGGCGCUUGUACUUUGUUGUUCUUGUUUCUUUUCUGCCUGGUUUCAUCACCAUCUUGAGUGUCUACCCUCCAUUUGGGAUCAGUGAUGGGGGUGGGCCUCUUUACCCUUUCUGGUAAUAUGUUAUGCUUACCCACAUAGAGAAGACGAUAUUGAUAUGGCAGCUGAAUUGGUCACCGACAUGCCCUCUAUUAGCAUUGCUCUAUUCCAUAUAUAGCUUCUACUAAUGGAUUUGCUUUGGCUGCAGCCAUCGCUCA